CCUGAUUGAAUCCGUCCAGUUUGUAUUAGUUGGACGAGCGGAGGAGCAGGAAGAACGGGGAGGAAUCUUCCUCCAAACGCCCUGACUGUGACUAUUGGCUAUUCACUGCUCCGUUGUGGCAGGCAGAUGCGGAAUGAUAUGAGCUCCAGUCGGGCGCGCGAACUCGUUACGGUUUUUGGUGUCUGCGGUGUGUGAAUCUCACAAGGCUGCGGUUAUAAGGAUGCAUGAGAUGAUAACUGCGCAGGGAUACCCCCGGUGAACAUGGACAAACAGGGCGUCUGUUACAAUGAUGAAGGCUUCUUCCUUUUUGUUUUGAAGACGGGCCACCCACGGAAUCACUGCAGCGCUCGUUAUGGACAACUUAAACGCUCCUCUCACCCGUCGUUCCCAUGAAGAACAUUGCGCAGUGCAGUGAAAACGGGAUAUCGUGUUGUGGAUUUCGAAUUGGCGGUGACUAUAUUACCUAAUAAGCUUCUAUUCUGCUGGGGUGUCAGUUCUCGGUCUAGGCUGCAUUCACCAGAUCGUGUGGGAGCACAGUCAAUGUAAGGAGCUUUGUCAAGCGGUGAGAGCCACUCUCCGAGGGUACAGAUGAGAGGCAAACAAUAUCAUCAACCACUGAAGUUGACAGCGCCUUGGGAGAAGGAUGCAGGCUUUGGGAGGAAGCUUAAAACCUACAGGAAUCAUACCAAGAUAAUAGCACAGCCUGGGAUCGUGAUGAAAGUCCUCCGCAGGAAGAGGAUUGUCUUAUUUAUGGCCUAUUUCUUAUUGCUGGUCCUCACUAUGCUUAACCUGGCUAAUUAUAAAUGGACUAAAGAGCCACAGCAGUGUAAUCAUCAGAUGAGGAGCACCACUUAUCAGAGCAGAUCUGACAUUCGCUUCCUGUACAGGCCCUCUCUGGCCAAAAAGAGACAGCUCAUCUAUGUUCUGACCACCUGGAGGUCAGGCUCGUCCUUUUUCGGGGAGCUUUUUAACCAAAAUCCUGAAGUGUUCUUCUUGUAUGAGCCGAUGUGGCACAUCUGGCAGAAACUGUACCCGGGUGAUGCGGUGUCUUUACAAGGGGCAGCCAGGGACAUGCUUAGCUCUUUAUACCGCUGUGAUCUGUCUGUUUUCCAACUUUACAACAGUCCCGGGGGCAAGAAUUUUACCUCCCUGGGACUAUUCGGGGCCACCCUCAAUAAAGUGGUGUGCUCUUACCCCCUCUGCUCAGCCUACAGGAAAGAGGUGGUGGGGAUGGUGGAUGAUAAGGUGUGCAAAAAGUGCCCUCCUCAAAGCCUUAGACUGUUGGAGGAGGAGUGCCUCAAAUAUAACACCAUAGUAAUUAAAGGGGUGCGCAUUUUGGACAUUAACGUGUUGGCCCCCCUCAUGGAGGAUCCGUCUUUGGAUUUGAAGGUGAUACACUUAGUCAGAGACCCGCGAGCGGUGGCCAACUCAAGGAUCAAAUCCAGACACGGCCUGAUCAGGGAGAAUUUACAGGUGGUCCGCAGCAGGGAUCCUAAACUUCGCCGGAUACCUUUUGUGGAUCCUAGUCACAAAGUCAACAAGAAGGACGGCUCAGACUACCACUCCAUAGGAGCCAUGGAGGUGAUCUGUGACCGCACCUCCAGGACUUUGAGGACUGCCUUAAAUCCACCCAGCUGGCUGAAAGGGAAGUAUAUGGUAGUGCGGUAUGAAGAUCUGGUCGAGAACCCGGUCAAGACCUUACGGAGCAUCUACCGCUUUGCCAACCUCACCACCAAUCAUGACAUUGAGUCAUUUGCGCUGAACAUGACCAGCGGCUCCAGCUCCUCAUCUAAGCCAUUCAUUGUCUCCUCCAGGAAUGCCACACAAGCUGCUAGUGCAUGGAGAACAGUGCUCAGCAUUCAACAGAUCAAACAAGUGGAGGACUACUGCCACCACGCCAUGUCUGUUCUAGGGUACGAAAGAGUCAGAACAGCCGGAGAGGCCAAGGACUUGAGCAAAUCACUACUGACGCACUCCAAACUGUGAAAACAUACUCACCACCAAAGACCUUUAAUUUAAUGUUCAUUUUGCAUUGAGUGCCGUUUCCUCUUAUUGUGGAAUCAAAGCUUUACAUUAAAUCAGUGCUCGAGGAGCUCCACUGGCCACAUUUGGAAUGUAUCAUGUUUCCCUGAGUUGAACUGCGGUGGUAUUUGAAGGGACCACUCCUUUUUAUACUGGAAUGUUGGAUGUGUUUAACAACGCAAGGCCUACGAACAGUGACUUAAUUGGUAAAGCUGCAACAAUGGAAAAACAAAACAGCUCUAUAAUUCAUGUAUCUUGCUAUGAAGACACUACAGAGUGUAUGUUUUGGGGUUAUUUUUGAAUGUUCAAAAACUUUCCAAGAAAUCUGUUUGUUUUUUUUUCAGUCUCCAUACUGUAUGUAAAAGUGAACAUAGUCAAUGACAGGAAAAAAAAAAAACUUAUUUAAAAAAAAAAAGCUCAUUGCUAAUGUUUAUUUGUAAGAUCUGGUUGAAGUCAGAGACAAUCAAUAAAUUGGUUUGUUGAUGUGCCAUAGGUAGAGGUGUGAUGAGUAGGCUACAUCAGAAGCAGCAGCAGUAGUGCUUUUUCUAGAUUUAAAAAAAAAAAAGAAAAAAGGAUGUUUUGAUUUUUGUCACCAAAUCCUCGUAAGAUGAUAUCAUGCGCUGUGGACAAUGUCAUGGCUCUGGAGCUUGAACGUCUCUCUCAGUGUCGGUGUAAGCAGUCUGUUCUACCAUUUCAAAUGUUUACAAUUGCUUGCUCUUAUAUAUAAAAGAAAAAAAAACAAACAACUGAUCUGGGAAUAUUGCAUUGAGUAAAGUUCACAGUUAACAAGA